UGAAUAUUGUAGUACGUGUAUAGUAUUUGUAUGAUUGUAUGUAUUUAAUAUUAUAAUACCCAGUAUUCUCUCUCCCUAUCCUAUUUCCCACUUCUAUUCUAAAUUUGCAUGAGCAAAUGCAUUCCCUGAGCUUGUCGCUACCAUCAGCAAUUGAUGAAUAUUACCUGUAUGUACUUCGGGUAAGAGUAAAUUUCCUUGGGUGUAGCCUACUACAGCAAAUAAACCGAACCACUUCAUAAACCACUUUCUGUUUAAAAGCAAAGAGCUCCUGCGCUAUACAAAGCACCAUGGAGGAGAGAGUUUUGGCUUUGAAAAACAGAAUAAUGAAAAAUCCUUUGCUGAAAAAGGAAAACUUGAAUCCUAAAGCAUGGAUUAAUUCAGAGCAUGUUAAAGAUUUCACGGAUUUCAUCCUCCAGAAAGAGCCAGAGGCAGACACAGAUUUCGAUAAUGUGGAGAUGUUGCUAGAGACUGAAAAAGAAUACAUCGAAGCAGCAAAAAGGAACGAUGUGGAAACCAUGAAGCUUUUAGGACGGGCUGUGAAUGUUAAUGCUAAAAACGUGCACAAUCGAACAGCACUUCACUAUGCUGUAGCCUGCAAAAACACAGAAGCUGUUGAUCUCCUUCUCAGAAGAAGAGCAAAACUAGACUUACAGGACAAGUAUGGAGUCACUGCUAUUCACCUCGCUGCAUGGUUUGGCAGCUUGGAAAUCCUGAAGCUACUUGUACAGAGUGGUGCUGAUCAGAGGGUUGAGAACAUGGAAGGGAUGAACAUGAUGCACUGCGCUGCUGUAAACGAUCACACAGACAUCGCGGCGUACAUUGUUGAUGACCUUCAAAUGAGAGAACUCGACAAAGAAGACCAUCAUGGAAACAGGCCAUUCGCUGUGGCAGCAGAGCAUGGCUGUGUGCGGAUGUUGCAGAUGAUGAUGGAGGAGCCUUACAAAAUGGCCACCAUGGAGGAAAAUCAGAAAGGAGACACACCUUUGCAUCUUGCUUCUAAGAAUGGCCAUCUCGGUGCCGUGCAGCUGCUGCUUGAUUAUUUUGAGGUCCGCAAUGAAGUCAAUCAUGCUGGGGAAACACCACUGUAUUUAGCUGCUGAUGGAGCUCAUGAGGACUGUGUUUUGGCUCUGCUAGAAGCUGACUGUGACCCAAACAUUCCCACUACAAACAGGACAAGCCCUCUCCAUUCUGUGUGUGAAAAGGGCUACAUGCCAGUGGUGAAGCUCCUUGUUGAUCAUGGUGCUCAAAUGAAUAUUCAAAACCAACAUUUACAGACACCAUAUCACUUAGCAGUGAAGAACUGUCACACUACAGUGAUUGAAUCUCUGCUGGAAUCUCACUGUGACACCGAUAUCACAGAUCAUCUGGGCCAGACCGCACUCCAUAUAGCAGCAGAAUUGGGCAAGGUGGAUGUGAUUGAGAUUAUUCUGAAAGCUGGCGUGAAUAUGGAGAUUAAAGACAGGCAAAGUAAAACAGCCUUGGGAGUGGCAGCUAGAGCCGAUGCAGUGAUCAUUGUAGACAUGAUCAUCAAAGCUGAAAGAUACUUCAGUUGGAUAAAGUCCAAUGCAGAAACUAAUGAAGACCUUCAUGAUGAGUUUUCUCUAACAUUUAAACCGGACCACCGCGCUGAGAUGAAACAGGUGCGCAAUACGCUGUGGAAUCUGGCCUACAGGCUUCUCAGCAAAAAUGAGUGGAAAAAGCUAGCAGAGCAUUGGGCCUUUACCGAGGAGCAGAUUGCUGCCAUUGAGGAGCAGUGGACAGGUCCUAACAGUUACCAGGAGCAUGGAAACAGAAUGCUACUCAUUUGGCUCCAUGGAGUUUUAGUUGCUCAGAGAAACCCAGCCAAGGAGCUCUACCAGGGACUAAUUGCUAUUGGCAAUAUCAAAAUGGCAGAAAAACUAAGGAUGGAGGGAGAGGACAACAGUAAACGGAAAUGUGAAAUUUCAUGAAGGGCUGGAAACUGAAUGUAAAAAAUACUUUAUUUCAUUCAUCAGUCUUGAGAAGCAUGUACCAUGACAUUACUUUAA